AUGCUUGUGACCAUCAACGUUCCCGAUCGCGACGAUCCCGCAAGCGGGAGGGCAGGAGGACCCGUGGAUGUGUCCCGGAAUGAGAAGAUCGACUACGAGAAUGUGGUGAGCCGCCAUCGGAGAUACACCGUGGAGUUCGAGCGCACCCUGGCCAUCUGUGUGGAGCAGUUCAACAAUGUGCUGAAUCGCUUUAAUCGCAAGAACUGUGUGAUGCGCUGUGCAAACAGCGCCUACAACCUAUCGCUGACAGUGGAUCGCCUAGAAUCGCUUCGCAAGGACUAUGCGACUUGCAGUUCCUGUAACUCGGUCUUGCAUUGCCGUGUGACUAGAGCUGAAGCCCCCUCCGAUUCCGCGGAAAAUGCUGAGGCUCCAGAUGACUCCCGGGAUGCGGCAGAGCAGGCGCGUAGGAGGGAGCUCCGCAGCUUCCUACACCCGGACACGCAUCCCGAUGGCUCGGUGCAUGACAUCUUCGUCUACCCGACCAAUAACAUAAUCCGGAGGUUCCGGGAACGGUGCACGUUGACCACAUUGGUGCGUUCAGACGCGCAGUAUAUGGAAAUGGAUACCGCCAACUCCUUUUCAGACUACAUCGUCUACAUGGUAAAGGGUCGCGUUGAAGAUAAACCUUUCUUCGGGAGUCUCAGGGAAACAGUUUACGAGGUGGCAUCCUUCCUGCGUUACAAUUUAUACCCUAUUUUGCGAAUCUUUAGGAUUUCCAUUUUGAUUACCUUUGUACAAUGGCUGCUGUUUAUCAUUCGGCUUGUCUACUGUCAUCGCUACCCGGAGGGCAUAGAUGAUGAGGGAGCGGAAUUGUUUGGUGCUUUCAGCGGAUCUCUACUGAAGAAAGACCUGGCUGUGCAUCGUCUGCUAAGCUCUACGUUUCUGCACAAUUCUGGAGGCCAUCUGAUCAUUAGUACGAUCAUGCAUUUUCGCUUUAGUUCGGUCUUCGAGAGCAUCCACGGCGCCACCACGACCCUGGCCGUCUACUUCCUGGCAUCGGCCUACGGCAUGUUGAGCACGUGCUGGUUCAAUCUGGACGUCUUACAAGCUAACGGAUUCGCGGGAGACUGGGGAGUUGCUGGUGCGCUACUAAGUCGCUACUGCGUGUUUCCGUAUCUGCUGGAUCGCGAGCACCAGCACAUCAUAAACGUAUUCCCGGAUACUCGUCGUGACCCAUCUUUUGUCCGCAUUAGCGGGUUUCUGCCUGGGGACAAUGAUAAAUGGGCGACUUCGCAUUGGCCGUUGCUGCGGUUUGAGCAGUCUACUGGUGGAUUUUUUUUGUUCGUUCACGCUUCUGCUGCUGCCGAUCGGUUCGAUGUUCGCGUUGUUCCUGAUCCCGACCGAUUAAAGGACAGUUUACGGACUAUGGAAGGUGGUCCGGUGUGCGCGGUUUCCGGUGCCUCCAAUGUGGGCGGCACGCCUAGGAAGGACAAAAGCAUCCCUGCGAUCGAUCUCAUAAACGCCGCCGUCGCUACUGACUGGAAGCGACUCGAGCGCGUCGCGGUUCCGAGCGGCCGCUCCGCCAAAAAGGCUCGCAACGUUAUGGCAGACAUGGCGUCCGUUUUCUCCUCUAAUCUAUGGGCCUACAUUCAGCCUAAUAAUGAUGUCCCCGCAAACUGCGUGUCGGGUUCUGGGAACAGGACGGCAGGGGAUCAGGGUUCGUCCCCAGCGUCUAAUACUAGGUCACGUGAGCGGUCGUGCAAGGCUGCAAGGGCAUCCGGGUGCGCGUCCAACCUUAUGGCUGUGAAAAAUGCUUCUGGAGAACCAGUGGGUAUGGGUCUUGAGCGUCUGUUUGGGAAAUCUAACUCGAAAAGUCACCUGUUCAACUUCGACGAUGGCUGUUCUAGUCCUGGGUUGAAAUCUUCGCUUGACGGGUCGUUGCUAUCGGAGGAUCGUUCAGGUGUGAAUUCGCAGUAUUCGACGACCACGCUUGAAGAUUUUGAGCGUUUGUCUCCUGGCUACGCGGAAUCUGUAGGGAGUGAUUUCCCAAGUGACGUAGAGGACCUGAAGCCCACAGUACCAGACGCUGCGUGCCCCGCCUCUUUGCAUAGCCCUAUGAAUGCUCUAAAGGAAAAAUGUGAGAAAUUCUUUGAUCACCACGGUCUGGUGGUGAAGGUCCGCAAAUUGCCUGCCGAGGGCAGUGUUAGGCGCCGCGUCAACGGAAAUGCCGACUGCAAUGCCAAGGAAGAAUUGUGCUACCCGGCAUAUCACGUUAUAUCUCGCCAGCGAGCGCACAUGGUAGAGCAGUUGAUGCGUUCCCGCUCUUUUCUGAACACCCGCUAUAACAGCAGCGACGAGAUGCGCAAUGCUUUGUCCCCUUUCUCCCUGAUUGAGCUGCGCGAUGGUACUGUACAGCAUAUUGAGAAUUUGCGCGAUGACCUGUGCGAUCCGGAGUUCACCGGUAUCUUCGUGUCGGUCAGCACGAAGGCAUUUGUCAGUGAGAGCGAAUUCGGUCGUGUGCGGCGCACCAAGACGGUAGCGUGGGCUAUGAUUGAGCUCCUGACCAGCAACGAGCGCUGCCUACGUAGUUUAUGGGUUCACUCUGCCAUCUCGGCACCGGCCACGACGGCCUUACUGAGUGCUCUGCUGCCAUACUCCAUGGUUGCAAGCAUGAUGGUGUCUCCGGGUGCGAUUGACGAACGCUAUCCAGUGAAAACGUUUUGCGCGUGGUUAAGUGAUUUCGACACCUUUCCGCGUCAGGCUAUGGUACUUUUGACGAGCCCCGAUCGUUUCGGCCUCAUCAAGCACCAUGAUGCCCUAGAUAAUGCGCGGGAUGCCGCCGGUGGAUCUAUAGGCCACGCGCAUCACUACGCUUCGAAUUUAAGCCACAUAGACGCGGGUGUUUCGGGGGACGAAUGUUAUUGCUACCGCGGGGCCAACUGGAAUGACGCUAACCACGUCAUCGUGUCUUGUACGGAGCAGCUCAUGUACAGUGCGUUACCGCAAUGGGUUAAGCUUGUCCCCGAGCGCGCCUUGCCCGAUUUGUUGGACGACUUGGAGCGAAUAGUGCUCCCAGAAUCCGUGUCCUACAACUGCACCAAGGCGAAGGAGUCCGCCGCUGCAAUCCGCGAAGCCGAAUACGCCGGGCUGUCUCCCCUACAGAUCAGGGAUAUGCUGAUGUACCUGUACGGCAGCCGCUGGAAGAGUCGAGUGAAGCCGGGCGCACUUAAACCCAUCAAGGAGCAACCCGUCUUGCCGAAGCCUUGCUUUCAGCAGCCCAUCCCAAUGUUGGAUGAGCGGGAAGAACGCCGUAAGCGUCGUGCGCAGCUUGUGAGUCAAGCGUGA